CGGUUGGAAGGGGAGGCAGCCCUGCCUGGCGGUUGGAGGUGAAUUUAUUUGUAAUCUAUAGGGAAAUAAGCAGAAAUGUACAUCAGGUCAAUUGUUCUUGAAGGUUUUAAGUCUUACGCUCAAAGGACAGAGGUUAAUGAUUUUGAUCCUCUAUUCAAUGCUAUUACCGGCUUAAAUGGAAGUGGCAAAUCAAACAUCCUGGACUCCAUCUGUUUUUUAUUGGGAAUCACCAAUCUGUCACAGGUGAGAGCUUCUAACUUGCAAGAUCUUGUUUACAAAAAUGGGCAGGCUGGAAUUACUAAGGCUUCUGUUUCUAUCACUUUUGAUAAUUUUGAUAAGAAGCAGAGUCCACUAGGAUUUGAGAAUCAUGAUGAGAUAACAGUCACAAGACAGGUGGUGAUUGGAGGCAGAAAUAAAUACUUAAUCAAUGGUGUCAAUGCAAACAAUACCAGAGUACAAGAUCUCUUCUGCUCUGUUGGAUUGAAUGUCAAUAAUCCUCAUUUUCUUAUUAUGCAGGGCCGAAUUACCAAAGUACUCAAUAUGAAGCCCCCAGAGAUAUUGGCCAUGAUUGAAGAAGCAGCUGGUACAAGGAUGUAUGAGUGUAAGAAACUAGCAGCACAAAAAACUAUUGAGAAAAAAGAAGCAAAACUCAAAGAAAUCUGCACGAUUUUAGAGGAAGAAAUCACGCCCACCUUGCAAAAACUGAAAGAGGAACGAUCCUCCUAUUUGGAAUACCAGAAAGUUGUGAGAGAGAUAGAACAUCUGAACCGUCUGUAUGUGGCGUAUCAGUUUACGAUAGCUGAAGAAACUAAGCUACGUUCUGCUGAUGUGCUAAAGGAGAUGGAAAGCAGCAUUUCAAAACUUCAAGAAGAGAUGACUGAAAAUGAGAAGAAAGUGAAGGAACUCAGCAAAGCCAUAUCAGAGAUGGAAAAGAAAAGGGAUCAAGAAUGUGGUGGUGCACUCCAUUCUCUAGAGGAAGCUCUUGCCGUGGUUCAGAGAACUGAUACCAAAGUAGAAAGUACUCUUGCUAUCAAAAAGCAAAAUUUACAAAGUGAAGAGAACAAGCGGAAAGAAUUGGUUAAAGCCAUGGAAGAGGAUUCUAAAGCCUUAGCCUUGAAGGAAAAAGAAGUCAAGAAGUUGAGAGAUGCUUUGAGUGUCCUUCAGGAGGAAAACAAUAAAGACACUGAGGCUCUGGCUGCAGCACAGCAGCAUUUCAAUGCAGUGUCAGCUGGAUUGUCCAGCAGUGAAGAUGGGGAAGAUGCUACCCUUGCUGGGCAGAUGAUGACUUGCAAGAACGACAUCAGCAAAGCAGAGACAGAAGCGAAACAGGCUCAGAUGAAACUGAAACACGCGCAGCAAGAGCUGAAGACUAAACAGAGCGAAGUAAAAAAAAUGGAUGGGGGCUACAAGAAAGAUCAAGAAUCCUUUGAAGCCGCCAAAAAACAGAAAGAGAAACUUGAACACGAAAUGAAGAAACUCAACUAUGAAGAUAAAAAAGAAGAGCGUCUUUUAGAAAAGCAAAAGGAGUUAUCCCGUGUGGUAAAUCGUUUGAGGGAAUCCUAUGAAACUUUCCUGGCCAGGUUCCCCAAUCUACGCUUUGAAUACAGAAAUCCAGAAACAAGCUGGAAUCCAGAUCGUGUGAAAGGGCUGGUUGCAUCUUUGAUUACUGUGAAAGAUGUUUCUACAGCAACAGCACUAGAAGUAGUGGCUGGUGGUCGACUUUAUAAUGUUGUGGUGGACACUGAGGUUACUGGGAAAAAGCUGUUAGAAAAAGGAGAACUGAAGCGUCGAUAUACUAUUAUUCCACUGAAUAAAAUUUCAUCAAGAUGUAUUGGAAAAGAAACUAUCAAAGUGGCCAAAAACUUGGUUGGUGAUGACAAUGUUAAUCUGGCCCUUAGUCUGGUGGGCUACGAUUCUGAAAUCCAAAAGGCAAUGGAGUAUGUCUUUGGGCAGGCCUUAGUUUGUGAUAACAUGGAUAAUGCCAAGAGAGUCACCUUUGACAAAAGGAUAAUGACAAAAACAGUCACUCUGGGUGGAGACACGUUUGAUCCUCAGGGCACACUGAGUGGAGGUGCACGGUCUCAGGCGGCUUCAGUUUUGUCCCAACUUCAAGAAAUGAAAGAAGCACAAGACGAAUUGAAAGCAAAAGAGGCUGAACUACAGACAACAGGGAAAGAGUUAGCAAGUCUACAGGUGACUCUUGAAAAGUAUCAUCAACUGAAACAACAAUGGGAAAUGAAGUCUGAAGAAGCUGACCUCUUACAAACCAAGUUACAACAAAGCACUUAUCACAAGCAUCAGGAAGAACUGGAUACUCUGAAAAAAACCAUUGAGGAAAGUGAGGAGACGCUAAAUAAAACAAAAGAAGUACAAAAAAAGGCUGAGGAAAAACUGAAAGUGCUGGAAAAUAAAAUGAAAAACGCUGAAGCGGAAAGGGAGAAAGAACUGAAGAAUGCCCAGCAAAAACUAAAUGGGGCCAAGAAAAAGGCCGAUGCUUCCACUAAGAAGAUGAAGGAAAAGGAACAGGAGGUUGAAGCACUUGUUUUGGAACUCCAAGAACUAAAACAGGAAGCAGCCUCCUAUGACCAACAGAUAGAGGCUGUGAACGAAGCUAUUAAAUCAUUCCAAGAACAAAUUGAGACCAUAUCAGCUGAGGUAGCAAAAAAUAAGGAAUCUGUGAGGAAAGCUCAAGAAGAACUGGCAAAGCAAAAAGCGAUGGUGCUAGCUCAAGAUAAAGCAAUUAAAGGCAAAUGUGCGGAGGCCGUCAAAUAUAAAGAGCAGAAUAAUGAAUCACAGCUUAAAAUUAAAGAGCUAGAACAUAACAUCAGUAAACACAAGCGAGAAGCUUUGGACGUGUCAGCAAAAGUAAGUGACAAUUUAUUUCAUGUCAAAUGGUCAAUCAAUGGUAGCUUGAUAGGCAUUUACAAAGAGUGUUUUUCUCUAAUAGGUAACAGUGAUAUCAAGAAAGAUUGACAGAUCGUUUCCUAGAUUAGUCAAAAAACAGUUCCUUGCACGUCAUUAGCUUGUCUAUUUUGUGCCUAAUCCUGAUUCUCUUUUCUUCUACAGUACAAUGACCUGAUGAAGAAGAAGAGAAUUGUUGAGAAUGAUAAAUCUAAAAUUCUUGCAACAAUUGUGGAGCUUGACCAAAAGAAAAAUGAAGCUUUAAAUAUUGCAUGGAAAAAAGUAAAUGAAGACUUUGGAUCCAUUUUCUCCACCCUUCUGCCAGGAGCCAAUGCUAUGCUGUCACCUCCUGAAGGGCAGACAGUCCUUGAUGGUUUGGAGUUUAAAGUUGCCCUGGGGAACACUUGGAAGGAGAAUUUAACUGAAUUAAGUGGAGGACAAAGAUCCCUUGUAGCUUUGUCCUUAAUUUUGGCCAUGCUUCUCUUCAAACCUGCUCCCAUUUAUAUCUUGGAUGAAGUGGAUGCGGCCCUUGAUCUUUCACAUACUCAGAAUAUUGGGCAGAUGCUUCGGACCCAUUUCAGACACUCUCAGUUUAUUGUAGUUUCAUUGAAGGAUGGUAUGUUCAACAAUGCAAAUGUGUUGUACAAGACCAAAUUUUUGGAUGGUGUUUCUACUGUGGCACGAUAUACACAGGCUCAGAAUGGAAAUAAUGGGGCUCCACAACAAAGAGCCGAUAAGUUAAACAAGAAAGAAAAGAGACCGAAAAUACUAAUGGAUGUUUGAAAAAUAUUUGCAGCUUGGUGGUUCGUCUACAUUUUUAAAGAGAAAAUGGGAUGCAAUUAAAAUAUAGAAAUGCCUCUUCGUUAACGUAGCAAUAUCUAUAUAUUAUCUCUAUAGAGCACCAAAAUUCUCUGCACUCACAAGCUUGAGGUAUGGAAGGGUUAAUUCGUAAGUGCAGGUAUUUUUCUUAGUUUAGAUCAGAAAUAUUUUACAGACUUGUAAAUAUCUCUUCUAUUUUUUUUUUCUCAUUACAAAAAAGCUUAAGAAAAUCAGACCCAUAAAAUGUACCUGUUUCCAUUAAGUAAACUACUUACUAGCCAGGAGUGCACAACCAUAUAAAAAUAAAUAGUACAUAAUCAGAAGACUGUAAAAUCGUGUACUAACAUGUAAAAAUUGUCUGACUUGGAGCUCUGUGCUCAUUUUAAAUUUAAAUGUGUGAUUUUGUAUAGCAGCAAAAUCUGUCAUAUAUUUGUAUUAGUAAUAAAGCCUCUCA